CGGACGAAAAUGGCCACAUUUCUCCCUUACGGACUUUUUCUCUGUGUGGUGAUGUUUAUUUCUACCUCAGCAAAGAUCUUUCCCAAGGACUUAUCUGCGGUCAAACUUCCCCAUUCAGUGGUUUUAGACGAAGACGAAAAAUUCCAUUUGUGGUGGGACUUUGAUGAGGAGAAGGUCAUCUUUGAGGUCCGCGUAAAGACGCUGGGUUACGUGGGCCUGGGACUGUCUCCUAACGGAGGCAUGACCGGCGCUGACGUAAUCAUGGGCGGAGUCAGUGACGUUGACGGUAAAGUCUUUUUCGAGGAUCGUCAUGCCACAGGUAAAUGGGAGCCUAUUUCCGACACUAGCCAAGAUUGGAAGCUUAUCACAGGAUCUCAAAACGAUACCCACACAGUCCUUCGAUUCUGGAGGAAGCUGCAAACCUGCGAUAAGCAAGACAGGCCUAUCACGGCGGACACGACCCGUGUGAUAUGGGCGUACAAGGACACGGACCUGUCUGAAAGCAGUGGGUCUUUGUACCACGGCACCCACCACAGAGGCUCCAAAAGCAUAUUCUUACUCAACCCACAGAGCGUGCGGCCGGAAAUGCCCAAAGAUGCCAUAACCAUGGAAUUCCGCAACAAUGACCUCAUGGUUCCGGCUAAUGAUACAGUGUAUUGGUGCCAAGCCUUCUCAACUCACCAAUUCUCAACAAAACAUCACGCCAUCAAGUUUGAACCCGUGAUCUCCAAAGGCAACGAGGGCGUGGUUCAUCACUUUGUCCUGUAUGCAUGUCCAUUAGAGACAACCAAUGAAACGGCAGGAAUCACCGGAAGAUGUUACGACACAUCAGUUCCUGUGGAAUGGAGGCGAUGUUUGACCAGUAUUUACGCCUGGGCGAUCGGAGGAGGGCCAUUUUAUCUACCGGAACACGUGGGCUACCCCUUUGGAUCUGAAGGCGACCCCAAACUUGUUUUACUGGAGACCCACUUUGAUAACCCGGACAAGCGGUCAGAUGUAGUGGACUCGUCUGGUUUGAGGCUCACCUUAACCCCUUCCCUGCGUCAACACGAUGCUGGCACUCUGGUUGUGGGGAUGACAUCAUCACCGUCUCAAGUUAUACCGCCAUUUGCUGAUGACUUUAGAAUCGACGGACAUUGUGUUCCUGAGUGCUUAGCAAAGGGCAUGGCACCCAGGUCUUCUAUCAAAGUAUUCGCUGGGUUCCUACACGCCCAUCUCCUAGGUGUCGCUAUCAAAUUUCGUCAUUUCCGGAAAGGAGUUGAACUGCAACCAAUUAUCAAAGACGACAACUACGACUUCAAUUUCCAGGAAACCAGGAUGUUACAGAAGGAGGUCGAGAUUCAAGCUGGCGACCACUUAAUAUCGGAAUGUCACUAUUCAUCCAUCCACAGAAACAAAGUCACCUUCGGUGGCUUUAGCACCAGGGACGAAAUGUGUGAAACGUUCGCUUUGUAUUACCCUAAGAUAUCUCUAGCGGGUGCUACACAGGGGUUGACGGCAACACUACGGCCGACUUUGCCAAUGUCACCAUUUUUGCUAACUACACGGUUCGAGACCCAGAGAAUUCCAAGGCGAAAGCCUUAGUGACGUCAUCAUGGACAGAAUUGACUGGUCUGAUGAAAGCACGAGAGCUCGCUAUCAAGGGGAGGCAACUUCUUACGACAAUCAUGUGAUCUCAUACUGCAGUCAGAACGUGGUCACUACAUUUCCGUUCGUCCAGCGGGUAAAGCUGCCAAGGAUCCAAAAAGCUUACGUCGCCCACGAUAAAUGCAUGAUGCCAUUUGAGUCCACCAAGGACAGCAGAGAUCCAAAUAAGGCAUCGUCUGUGACGUAUGGAUAUGUCGUCAUCGUGUCAGCAGCGCUUUUAUGGUAUCUUCAUGGUGAACUGUGAUACACAGACAUCGAUGACACUGCAAAGAGGGAUUGUCCAUACAAUUUCAGGCCAAACACGAAGGCAACGUCAUUUUACCUGCUUUGCUGUUUCUAGAAAACAAGCUAAUGCCUAUUUUAGAUUCAGCUUUAAUUGUAGUUUUUAGCAAUGAUAUUGUUUCACGUGUUGGUCAGAAUCAUGGUGUGCGUUUUAAUAAAGAGUUUUGGAAUGAGUACAAGAAGCAAAGUCUGACACAGAGUGUUUGUGUUUUCCGCCAUCACUUCCGGUCUUAUUACUACGACCCCAGUGGCCCUGGCGUUGA